AUGCUUUCUGAAGCAGUAUUGAACUGGAACUUGGUUUUAUACAAAUCUAUCGAUACAGUUUGCGAUAUCAAUGAAAUUGUAAAUUAUCCGGCAGAGUUUUUGAACUCAUUGGAUUUGCCAGGCAUGCCACCACACCAUUUACAACUGAAGGUUGGAUCUCCUAUUAUUUUGCUACGUUAUUUGAACCCACCAAGGCUGUGCAAGGGCACGCGAUUAGUUAUUAAAAAAUUGAURAAAAACGUUAUCGAAGCCAGCAUUUUGAAUGGCAAGUUKCGCGGAGAAGAUGUAUUACUACCACGAAUCCCUAUUAUCACUACAGAUGUCCCAAUUGAAUUCAAACGGGUUCAAUUUCCAAUCAGAUUGGCAUUCGCAAUGACAAUCAAUAACUCUUAA